CAAAUGAACCGUUAAAACUUAUCAUCAACUCCCCUUUCAUAUUCAUAAUAAUAAUAUUUCCCAGAAAAAUACACAUUCCUUAUUUUCUUUAAAAGGGCCAUUGCCAAUUCAGUCAAUUCUCGUUAAAAAUCCCUAUCUCAAUCUUUCCCCUUUAACUAACUCGACCAUGGACCUUGAAAUGUCAUCAAUGGCGGAUGCACUGGGUUUGUCUGUAUCAGUACUCACAUUUCUUCUAUGUUAUGUUGCCACAAUACCCAUCAGCCUUUUUUGGCGAUUUAUACCUAGAACUUUUCCUAAACACAUUUAUUCUUCAUUAACUGGUAUUGUUCUAUGUUAUCUCUCUUUUGGGGUUUCUUCUAACCUCCAUUUUCUUAUUUCUAUCCUAAUUGGGUAUGUUUCCAUGCUCGUUUAUCGCCCUAAAUGUGGGCUCAUCACUUUCUUUGCUGCUUUUGGGUAUUUGAUUGGCUGCCAUGUUUAUUACAUGAGCGGAGACGCAUGGAAGGAGGGUGGAAUCGAUGCUACUGGUGCGUUGAUGGUCUUGACACUCAAAGUCAUCUCUUGCGCAAUAAAUUAUCAAGAUGGACUUUUGCAAGACAAAGAUCUACGUGAAGCACAAAAAAAGAAUCGGUUGCUAAAAAUGCCUUCCUUUAUCGAAUAUGUUGCUUAUUGCCUCUGCUGUGGGAGUCACUUUGCUGGACCCGUAUUUGAAAUGAAGGAUUAUCUUGAUUGGACCGAAGGGAAAGGGCUCUGGAGCCCAUCCGAGAAACAACCAUCACCUUGGGGUGCGGUAGCAAGGGCUCUUCUUCAAGCUGCUAUAUGCAUGGCUCUGUAUCUAUACUUGGUGCCAUAUUUCCCUUUGACAACUUUCACCAACCCCUUGUAUCGGAAUUGGGGAUUCUUUAAAAAGUUGAGCUAUCAGUACAUGUGUGGAUUUACUGCACGGUGGAAGUAUUACUUCAUCUGGUCUAUCUCCGAAGCAUCCAUGAUAAUAUCUGGUUUCGGGUUUAGUGGAUGGAUGGGUACUUCCCCGCCAAAACCCAAGUGGGAUCGUGCCAAAAACGUUGAUAUCUUUGGAGUUGAGUUGGCAAAGAGUGCUGUUCAAAUUCCACUUGUCUGGAACAUCCAAGUUAGCACUUGGCUUCGCCACUAUGUCUAUGAAAGACUGGUUCAGAAGGGUAAGAAGGCUGGCUUCUUUCAGCUGCUUGCCACACAGACAGUCAGUGCUAUUUGGCAUGGAGUAUAUCCUGGUUACAUCAUUUUCUUCGUUCAGUCGGCUUUGAUGAUUGCUGGCUCGAGAGUUAUCUAUAGAUGGCAGCAGGCUAUGUCCUCGGAUCUUCUGCAGAAGAUAUUAAAGUUUGUGAACUUUACGUAUACACUGAUGGUUCUGAAUUAUUCUUCCGUUGGUUUCAUGGUACUAAGCUUGCAUGAAACCUUGACAGCGUAUAGAAGUGUGUAUUAUAUCGGCACCAUUGUUCCCAUCAUUGUUUUACUGUUUGGUUACAUUGUCAAGCCUCCAAGACGGUCAAAAGCUCAGACGAAAGAGCAGUAAGCCGAACAGGACAAUUUACGUAUCAGUCUCUUCUGUGGUUGUAGAUGGCUCAAAAAUAGCCUCACUGCUGAUCAAUCUGAAGAAUAGAUUGUGUUUUCCGCUGCUUUCAACCGCUGAAUAUUGAUUGUGCUUCCCGCUGCUUUUAAUCUGUCGUCUUUUUACUGAAUAUGUUGAUUUGUCGAUUUCUCUGUUCGUCGAGAUUUAUUUUCGAAACUACAUUACUGGUUAAUGUGUAGGGCUGUUAAAUAUUCAAAGGUGCAUAAUUGAAAAUGUCAAAGUAGUUUGUAAGCUUGAUUCAUUUCUGGGUUAAAAGGAUGAUUUCUUAAUCAUUGAACAAAAUUUUUAAAUUUGAAAAAAUCAUUUUAAA